AUGCCUCGGACAAAGGAAGGUCAUCAGUAUGACAAUACCGGUGUCCACAAAGGCCUGAAAACGGAUGCUGUCGUUUCAAGCACACUCAACACCAAGAACUCCUACGAUGUGAUUGUGAUUGGCUCAGGUUUCUGCGGUCUCGUUGCCGCAAGAAAUCUUGCCCUCGAUCGCAACUUGCGUGUGUUGCUUCUUGAAGCACGAGAUCGAAUUGGUGGUCGUACUUGGACAGCCAAAGCAUGGGGUGAGGAAUUUGAGAUGGGCGGGACCUAUGUUCAUUGGUAUCCAGUUCCUUGUCUUCUCAAAGUGACUGGCUAA